AUGUCUGCAGAGGUCAAAAUACUUAGUUACGCCGACGAUAUUGCUGUGUUCUGCGAAGAUCGGGAGAGUAUCAGAGAAGCACUAAACGAUGUGAAAUUCUUCUGUGAUUGUACUGGUAGUAGAGUCAACUGGAGUAAAUGUCUUAGAAUAUGGCACGGAAAUUGGCAGAGCACACCAUCAAUAUUUCAAAGCAUUACAUGGAAGGUUAUACCUGACAAGUACUUAGGGGUACCUCUCCAACACUACAGAGACACAACAGAAUAUUGGAAACAAGAGACAGAGCAACAAAGAGACAAGACAAAAACGUGGGGUGGGCGUGAUUUCUCAAUGUUUACGAGGUCAACAGUGAGUAACAUACUUUUUAUUUCACGAGAAUGGUAUGUUUUACAAGUGCUAUUCAUGUCACGUGUUGCUGUACAAAAGCUACACAGAGUGAUCGCAGUGUUUAUCUGGGCGUCCACGUGGGAAAGGACAAGCCGAACAAAUCUGUUCCGUUCUGCGAAAAGUGGGGGGCUUGGUCUUGUACACUUCUUCCUGAGGCAGAUAGUAUUUAGGUUUGUUUUUUUACGAGAUCAAAAUGAUCGUUUUUUGAGAACGUUUAUACAUGUGUGGCUGUCCCAUUUUUUGCCUGAUUUUAUUGUAACCACAGUCAAUGGGGUGACAAAAAGACCUAAGGAGUACAUGAAAGAAGUAAUUGCUGCUUUGGAAAUAUUGAGAGUGCGAUUUUCGAUGGAGUAUCUCUCUGGGGUUUCGCGAAAAAGACUGUACAAGGACCUUGUAGAAACCAUGUUGCCAGUGCCUCUGUAUAGAACAUUGUACCCUAAUGGGCCCGGGGAUGACGUCUUGAAAAGAGCGAAGAAGAUGCCAAUUAGACCAUCAAUGAAGACAUUCUUUUUCAAACUCAGCGGCACACUCCCUACCAAUCCAUGGCUUCGAGAAAAAGGAAUAUUCGUCCCGUCAGUUGAUUGCAUUAUCUGCAGAAAACUUGAGACAGUUGACGACAUCUUUCUAGACUGUACUGGUGCAGUCUUUCUCUGGGACAUCCUUCAAAGAACCCUAAAGAAAGAUCUGCCAGUUACGCAGUAUGGCAUUCGUUUUUUGCCAGUCAUAAAUGUAGGCGGUGUGCCCUACGAUAUGUUCAUGGUAUUGGUUCUUCACAGUGUGUGGCGAACACGGAUGGCAGUGCAAAACGUAGACAUGAAUCCCCGGCCCGCUCGAGAGUACUUCAUAGAAAGUGUACAGUAUUUGAUGACUGCAUACGAGGCACAAGAUAAGCCAGAGUGGUUGCCAUGUUUAGAUAAGUUGGUAGGCAUAAAGCGUCUCCCCUUUUAA